AUGAAUUAUCUAUCUCUGAAAAGGUUUAUUAUAUUUUUUAUCUUUUUAAAUAAAUGUGUUACUUCAAUAGAGGUUGAUUUGAACAACGUACCAGAACAACACUGUUCGAUAACGAGUGGUUAUACUGAUGGACCGCUGAAUGUGCGUUUAUUUAUAUUAUAUUUACAACCACACGUAACUGUUAUUAGAGAAGGUGAAACUAUCAUUUGGAGUUCUACCUUGCUUGCUGAAAGGGCAAUCUUUUUUGAAUUAUAUGAAAUUUACGAAGAAAAAUCAUUAUUAUUUAUAAAUUCACAGCAUUUUUAUGGUAAUGAUUUUUAUCGUUAUGAAAAGGUUGGAGAUGAAUGGUUUCUACGAACAUCAGAAGAGUUUGGUUUAUUGGUCAAUUGUGCUCAUGAAGAUCGUUUGUUAUUUUUAGAUAGAGAAAUGGACCAUGUUACGUUUAAUAUCUCAGAUGAAGAUGUGUACGGAACCAUGUCAACAGUGUUUAUUACAAACCAAAAAUACAAUCUCGUUGGAAUAUAUGACGAUGACCAGACUAUUUGGGAAGCUAAUAAUCUUUUGGACAAAUGCGGUUUCGUAAAAGUUAGAGGAUUUCAAGGAAACUAUGAAUUACUUUAUGCUAACAUACUUAAUGAAUAUACAAUAGAAGAAUUAUUCUGCCAUAAAAAUGAAGGUGUGUGGGAAACUGUUACAAAAGAUCGCUAUUAUGAAUUAUUAAAUGAAAUGAUAUUACAAGAGGAACAGGAAUAA